AUGUCUGCAUUGAGGAUGCAACACUACACUACGUAUUUGCAGAGUUUCGAUUACGAGAUCUGGUUCCGGAUGUCUACGGAUCAUGCGAAUGCUGAUGCCAUGUCGAGGAUUCCGUUAGGAGUAGCUGAUCCCCAGAAUGAGAUUGAGGAGUCGGAUGCUGUGGAAUUGAGUCAAAUCGAUACUCUACCCUUGACUGCUGCCGAGUUAGGUCAAGCUACGGCGGGGGAUCAGACGGUGCAAAAACUGAUCCAAGGCAUCAAGCACGGCCAGCUGGUGGAAGCGAAGGAUCGUUUCGGAAUCGAACAGAACGAACUCUCUAUACAAAACGGAUGCUUGCUUCGGGGAAUUCGAGUGUACGUGCCUACAGUUCUCCGGAAACGUGUGCUGGAUGAAUUACAUUCUACUCACUUCGGUACAACCCGUACGAAGUCGCUGGCAAGAGGCUAUUGCUGGUGGCCUGGUUUGGAUCGGGAGAUCGAAGAAUUGAUUGCGAACUGCGCUGACUGCCAGUCAGUACGUGCGGAACCUGCGAAGAUGAACCUUCAUUGCUGGGAAUCACCAAGUGAACCGUUUCAAAGGGUCCAUGUUGACUUUGUGGGUCCUUUCAUGGAUACCUACUUCUUUAUCUACGUGGAUGCGUUUAGUAAGUGGCCAGAGAUCAAAGUGUGCAGAUCCAUUACGGCCGAAUGCACCGUAAACAUGUGUCGCAAGAUCUUCAGUACGUUUGGCAUACCGUCAGUCCUGGUGAGCGACCAUGGCGUCCAGUUUACUUCGGAAGUUUUCCAGCGGUUCCUGAAGAUGAACGGUGGAGUUCACAAAAUGGAAGCGCCGUAUCAUCCGGCAACGAAUGGACAAGCGGAGCGGUACGUCCAGACGUUCAAGCAGAAAUUGAAGGCGCUGAAGUGUUCCAAGUCUCAGCUGAACCUGGAACUGUCCAACAUUCUUCUUACCUACCGCAAGAUAAUCCAUCCGUCUACCGGGAAAUCACCGUCAAUGCUCGUAUUCGGUCGACAGAUUCGAUCGAGAAUCGACUUGCUGCUGCCGAAGAAUGAAACUUCAAGCAAGGCUGACAUUGCUGUGCGUCAGUUGGAUGCUGAUCGAGUACGUGUUCGCGAUUUCUUGUCGAGUAACAAAUGGAAAUUUGGUAAGAUCGUCGAGAAGGUUGGAAAGCUUCGUUAUACGGUGCGAUUGGAUGACGGACGAAUCUGGGAGCGUCACAUUGACCAUAUCGUCGGUGUGGGCGCUAAUUUGCGGAGCGAUUCGGUGGACCCUCCAAGGGAGGAGUACAUUGAACUCGACGAACCUACAACUUCGGCUGCUGCGCCAGUGGCCCAAGCUACAGCGAAUCCUGUCGAGGAAGCUACUGGUACUGCACCGGUGGUUCCUUGCGCUACACCUGCUGCUGCGACGAUAAUGUCUACUCCUGGAUCCCAGGAGCGUUCUUCGACUGUCGUGGCCGGUCGGUCUGCUGUGUUGGAUGCUGUUCCGACGACUCUACGACGAUCCAGCCGGGUAAUCGUACCUCCCCAGAGAUUGAAUUUGUAA